AUGUCAAGUAAAGAUAAAAGUGAUUAUGGAAAAAAAAUACAAGCAAAUCGAAGAUUAGCUGGAAAAUUGUUUGAGAGAACAAUAAAAUCAACUAAAGAAAAACAACAUAUUCCAAAAAAGACAAGAAUAAGCAUCAUUGAUGAGAAAGAUAAUAAUACAAUAGAAGUUGAUAUAGUAACUCAUGAACUUGAAAUUGAAGAGCGCAAAAUUACAUUAGAAGAACGAAAAAUGCAACUCAAACAAAAUGAAAUUGAUGUAAAGUUAAAAGAAUUGCAGCUCAAAAAAAUGGAACAGGAAUUGAAUAAAAAAAAUGGGAAUAUAUUAUUGUGUGCAAAUGGCAAACUUGCUUAG